AUGGGAGGAUGCUUCUCCAAACCCAAACCAGUUGAAGUCAAAGUGGAACUCUCUCUCCUGGAAAAAGAAAAAGAGGUGGAUGGGCUGUCACCAAACGGCAAAGCGAGUCCCUUUGCCGACUCCAGACCCAACGGGGCCCUGGGACACGGCUCUGAUGAUGACUCCACCCCGCUCCCCCUCUACCACAAACCACGGGACUAUGUGGAGGCCUCCGUCUGUCAUGUUAAAGAUCUGGAAAACGGACAGAUGCGAGAGGUGGAUUUGGGAAGUGGCAGAGCUUUGUUGAUCAAAGAACAUGGGGAGUUCUCUGCCAUCGCCCACAAGUGUCCACACUACGGAGCACCUCUGGUCAAAGGUGUGUUGUCAAAAGGGCAUGUGCGCUGUCCGUGGCACGGUGCAUGUUUCAACAUCGCAACAGGAGACCUCGAGGAUUUCCCUGGGCUGGACAGCCUGCCGAUCUUCCAGGUCAGAGUUGAAAAGGACAAGGUGAUCAUUCGUGCAAACAAGCAGGCUCUUCAGUCACAGAAAAGGUCAAAGCCGAUGGCCCGAUGCUCAGCAGUCAUUAACUCCAACACGGGUUUCAGCCAUGUUCUCAUCAUUGGCUCAGGCCCAGCAGCUCUGGUAUGUGCAGAGACACUAAGGCAAGAGGGCUUCACCGACCGCAUCGUCAUGUGCACCAUGGACAGACAUCCUCCAUAUGACAGGCCUAAACUGAGUAAGUCUUUAGAAAGCACAGCAGAGCAGCUGAGAUUGCGCUCUGUGGAAUUCCUACAAGAUCAUGACAUUGAACUGCUCACAGAGAAAGAGGCUGUGGCGAUAGACCUGAAAACACGAUCUGUGAUCUUUGAAGAUGGCUUGAGGAUGGAGUACAAGAAACUCUUUAUUGCUACAGGAAGCAAACCCAAAACAAUGAUCUACAAAGGACAGGAUGUCGAGAACGUGUUCCACCUCAGGACGCCUGAUGACGCCAACAGCAUAGCGAGGCUGGCCAACAACAAGAACGCUGUGAUUGUGGGGACAUCGUUUGUCGGUAUGGAGGUGGCUGCAGCUCUCACUGACAAAGCUCACUCGGUCUCUGUCAUCGGGAUCGAGACAGUUCCCUUUAAACAUGCUCUCGGGGAGAAAGUAGGGAAAGCCAUAAUGAAGCUGUUCGAGGUAAACAGGGUGAAGUUCUACAUGCUGAACGAGGUGUCGGAGAUGGUUGGCCAACACGGACAGCUGAAAGAGGUGGCCCUGAAGAGUGGUAAAGUCCUACGAGCAGACGUGUGUGUCAUCGGAGCAGGAAGUAUUCCUGCAACCGGCUUCCUGAAACAGGGCGGCAUCCACAUGGACUCCAGGGGCUUCAUCACCGUCAACAAGAUGAUGCAGACAAGUGCUGAUGGGGUCUACGCUGGAGGAGAUGUGGUGGUGUUUCCUUUCCCGCCGCGCAACAACAAGAAGGUGAACAUCCCUCACUGGCAAAUGGCUCAUGUACACGGAAGGGCAGCGGCUCUCAGCAUGAUGGGCAGAGCCGCUGAGAUCAAAACUGUGCCUUACUUCUGGUCAGCCAUGUUUGGGAAGACCCUUCGCUAUGCAGGGUAUGGUGAAGGAUUCGAUGAUGUCAUUAUACAAGGGGAUCUGGAUGAACUGAGAUUUGUGGCGUUUUACACCAGGAGUGAGGAGGUGGUUGCUGUUGCCAGCAUGAACUAUGAUCCCAUUGUAUCCCGAGUGGCAGAGGUCUUAGGAUCCGGAAAGACGAUUAAGAAACGAGAUGUGGAGACUGGAGACAUUUCUUGGCUGACUGACAAAGGCUCUCAAUGACUGAAUCACAUCUGAAGGACUGGAGACUUCACUAUGGACACUAAUGGUGCUGGGACACUGAGCAGCUAUCUCAGUAUGGACACACGUAUAUAUACACACACACACACACACACACACACACACACACACACACACACACACACACACACACACACACACGGGAAAGGACCGUGUCUGUUGGAGACACACUUUCCUGAGGACGACACUGAAGCCUGCUUUUGCUCCUGAGAGACACUUUAACGUGACAGAUGGAGCCUACACUGUCUGAAGACACUGGAUCGCUGUGUUGGCUCCUUUUUGACGAUGCUGUAACGUUUCACAAACAAAUCAAUAUUGGAUUCUGGGCCUCUGGGCUGAUGCAAGAUGUAACUACUUGUACACUUUGUUUAUAAGAAGCCAGGGACGGGCAUUGGCAUUGUUUUGUACAAAUAACAUUGUAUAUAGCUGUAUUCCUGAAUGCACUGCAACAAACUAAGGGCAUACCAUUUUAACUGAAUUUUCUAAGUUUUAAAUAAAAGUGUUGGCUGUAUGCUUGCAUACAGGCCUUAGAUCUGCAUGCUAUAGUUUACUAUAACAAGAGUUUAAAAAUAGUCCCCUAAACAGAGAUGUUCCAUCUAGUUGCAACAGCAAAAAUAAAGCUCAAAUGUGCUCCAUAAAAACCCUGAAUGCAGCUUUAACAGACUCACUAACUCACACUGCUUUCAUUCAUAAUGAAUGAUAAUCUUUAGGUUCACAACAUCCUUUAUUGGUUUCCUUGCUACUGUAGUAAAUUGCACAAAUUACAUUUAAAUAAUCAUACUUUGAUCACAUAGUAGUGCUUGCACCAUAGAUUAAUGUACUUUAUAGAGAAUCUCCCCUUCAGCAAAUCCAAUAGUAGUUGUUUUUAUAGCAGCAUGUCUACUGGGAUAUUCUUUGUUACUUACUCAGGGAACUGAGGAUUGUUGUCUUACAAAAUAAGCAGAAAUUAAUGUGUCGCUUUUUCCCCCAGUUAUUGUAAUGUAAUGUUCAUUCAGAGCUGCUUGUGAUGGGUGUGAAGCGGAUGGGUGAUUACAUCCUGCUGUGCUGAUGUAACACUUGUCAACUCAGCGUUUUCAAAGCAUCGUUCUUCCUACAGUGAAGACUGGAAGGCCAUUUUUAUAACUAAACUUUUAAAUAAAAGUCUUCCAACUACUCA